CGCCCAGUCUUGCUUGCCUCUAACCUUCUCGAAGUGUCGGGACAGAGAUAGCACAUAUUCUCCCUCUCCAACACUCCCUUACACCACCAUCAUGUCUGCCGCUACCGGAAACAAGCAGUCCAUCAAGAUCCUCGACGAGCUCCUCCAGAAAUUGAGCAUCGCAAAGGAUGAGGCGGAAGUCUCUGCCGCCACCCACAGCCUCUCGUCCUUUAUCAAUGGCGCCAUUGAGGAGCAAGAUGCGCCCGUCAAGGCCGUCGAGACCCUCAAGACAUCGUUGAACAACAAGAAGGAUGCCACGGCCCGUCAGAAGGCACUCGAAGCCAUCUCCGCCAUGGUCAGUGCGCCAGAAAUCGGUGCUGCUUUCGAGCCAUUCCUCGUCGACUUGCUCGCCAUUUCCAUUGAGAAGAUCGCCGAUAAGCAGACCCCUGUUCGUGACGCCGCCAUCAGCACGUCCCACAGCGUCAUCCGCAAGAUCAACCCUUACGCAAUCAAGGCUGUCCUCCCCAUCAUCAUUCAAUCCAUUGAGAAUGCAUCAAAGUGGCAGGAGAAGUUUACCUCCCUUACCUUGUUGGAGGACCUCGUUGAGGUGGCACCCCGGCAAAUGUCGACCUGCAUGCCUGAUCUCAUUCCUGUUGUGUCUUCUGCCAUGUGGGACACCAAGCCCGAAGUUAAGAAGCAGGCCCGUCUUACUAUGAACAAGAUCUGUACGCUCGUGUCCAACGCCGACAUUGAAAAGUUCAUUCCCGUUCUUAUUGAGUGUAUUGCAGACCCUGACCAGGUGUCAGAGACUGUUCACACCCUUGGUGCCACAACUUUCGUGCAGGAGGUGCAGACCCCUACCCUCGCCAUCAUGGCUCCUUUGCUUUCUCGUGGUCUCAAUUCGCGUGAGACACCCAUCAAGCGCAAGGCCGCUGUCAUUGUGGAUAACAUGACGAAGCUCGUCGAAAGCCCUCGUCUCCUCACACCUUUCAUGGGUACUUUGCAGACUGAUUUGCAAAAGGCGUUCGAUGGUAUGGCCGAUCCCGAGGCUCGCGAAGUCGUUGGCCGUGCACAAAAGACUUUGAAGCAAUUCGGUACCAUGGACCCUGCAGUCGCAGCUGAGUACGCUGUGCCCAAGUUCCUGGAGACCCUCAAGUCUGUUAUCGGCAUCAAGGUCGACAAGCACCACGAGCCCAUACUUGGCUUCAUCGCAGCUAUUGUCUGCGAGCUUGCCGAGGUGGACAACUACCUCGAGAAGAUGGAAUUCCAGCAACAUACCGUUAUCUACUUGGCUACUCUUCUGCCUCAAGAGAAGGCAGUCGAGGUGUCUGAAGCCUACCGGCAAAAGUCGAUCAGCAACAUCGGUGGUGGUUCGCCCGCUGACAAGGAGGAAGAGGAGCAGGGAGACGUUCUCUGCGACUGCGACUUCUCGCUCGCUUACGGUGCCAAGAUCCUUCUCAACAGGACAAACUUGCGUCUCAUUCGUGGUUCCCGUUACGGUCUUUGUGGCCCCAACGGAUCCGGCAAGUCCACCCUCAUGAGGGCUAUUGCCAAUGGCCAAGUCGACGGCUUCCCUCCUGCAGAUGAGCUCAAGACUGUCUACGUCGAGCACGACAUUGACGAGUCUGAGGCUGAGGUCCGCACUCUUGACUUCAUUGCUUCUGACCCUCGCUGCACCACUGACGUUGGUCUCACAGCCGAAGACUGUGAGCGCGAACUGCGCAACGUCGGUUUCAAUGACGACCUCAUCAACAAGCCUGUUGGUGGUCUUUCUGGUGGAUGGAAGAUGAAGUUAGCUCUUGCCCGUGCCAUGCUCCAAAAGGCAGACAUUUUGCUUCUCGACGAGCCCACCAACCACUUGGACGUGAAGAAUGUCAAGUGGCUCGAGGACUUCCUCAUUGGCCAAAAGAAUGUCACGUCCAUGAUUGUCUCCCACGACUCUGGCUUCCUCGACCGCGUCGUUGAAUACAUUAUCCACUACGAAAGGUUCAAGCUCCGCAAGUAUCAAGGUAACUUGUCUGAGUUUGUGAAGAAGGUGCCUUCGGCCAAGUCCUACUACGAGCUCGGCGCAUCGGAGCAGGAAUUCACAUUCCCCGAGCCUGGAUUCUUGGAAGGUGUCAAGACCAAGCAAAAGGCCAUCAUCAAGGUCAGCAACAUGGCAUUCCAGUACCCUGGCACUGCAAAGCCUCAGCUAGAGGACAUUACUUUCCAGUGCUCGCUCUCCUCUCGUAUUGCUGUCAUUGGUCCCAACGGAGCUGGAAAGUCCACUCUCAUCAAGGUGUUGACCGGAGAACUCAUUCCUGGGUCUGGUGAAGUCUGGACACAUCCCAACUUGCGUAUCGCAUACGUUGCUCAGGCUGCUUUCACCCACUUGGCUGCUCAUGUUGACGAGACCCCUAGUGACUACAUUCAGUGGCGUUACCAGACUGGUGAGGACCGUGAGACCAUGGACCGUGCCUCGCGUGUCGUUACAGAGGAAGAUGAGGAGGCUAUGGCCAACAAGAUCUUCCGCGUGGAGGGCUCGCAGCGCAAGAUUCUUUCCAUCAAUUCCAGGAGAAAGCUCAAGAACUCUUACGAGUAUGAGAUUACCUGGCUUCUUGGCAACAACGUCGGCAUGAAGAGCGAGUCUUGGACUCCUAUGAUGUCUGCUGACAACACAUGGUUGCCUCGUGGUGAGCUCCUCGAGACCCACCAGAAGAUGGUGGCCGAGGUCGAUCUCAAAGAGGCGCUCAAGUCCGGUCAGUUCCGACCUCUCACCCGCAAGGAGAUUGAGACACACUGUGGUCUGCUCGGUCUCGAAAGCGAGAUUGUCUCUCACUCGCGUAUUAAGGGUCUGUCUGGAGGUCAGAAGGUGAAGUUGGUUCUUGCUGCAUGCACAUGGCUCAAGCCCCAUAUCAUUGUGCUUGACGAGCCCACCAACUAUCUCGACCGCGACUCUCUUGGUGCUUUGUCAAAGGCUCUCAAGAAGUUCGAGGGUGGUGUUGUCAUCAUUACUCACUCUGCCGAGUUCACCAAGGAACUUACUGACGAAGUUUGGGCUGUCGACAACGGUCGCAUGAUGCCUUCGGGACACAACUGGACACAAGGUCAGGGUUCUGGUCCUCGUCUUGAGGAGAAGGGCGACGAGGAGGUCAAGUUUGACGCCUUCGGCAACAAGAUUGAGCAGGCCAAGAAGAAGAAGGCGCUCACUGGUGCCGAAUUGAGGAAGAAGAAGAAGGAGCGCAUGGCCCGCAAAAAGGCACAGGGUGAUGCAUAUGUCAGCUCUGAGGAGGAUCUCUAGACUUGUUUCAUGUAGACGCACUUGCUUGCCUAAUAGACUCAUUCAUGCUAUGCUAUAGACUCAACCGGUUUCCAUCAUU